CAACCCGCCGCCGCCAUGAAGGUGUCCCCCUGGUACUCGCCGCCUCUGCCGCCGCCGCCGCCGCCGCCGCCACCGCUCCCGGCCGCCUACGCCCAGCGGCUGCGUCGCCGCCGCCCCCACUCGCACUCGGGGGUGUCCAAGACGCACCGCCACCACCGCCUGCACAGGCACAGAGAGGGCGGCGAGCGCAUCGCCUGGGAGUUCCAGCAGGUGACGCUGACGCGCGUGCCCGGCUACGGGUUCGGCAUCGCGGUGUCCGGCGGCCGCGACAACCCGCACUUCGCCAACGGAGACCCGGCCAUCGCCAUCUCGGACGUGCUCAAGGCGGGGCCCGCCGAGGGCAAGCUGCAGGUGAACGACCGCAUCAUCUCGGCGAACGGCGUGUCGCUGGAGAACGUGGAGUACGCGACGGCGGUGCAGGUUCUGCGCGACUCGGGCUCCACGGUGUCGCUGGCGGUGCGCCGGCGCGUCGUCCUGCCCGGCUGCCCGCCGCCCCCGCCGCCCCCGCACGGCGCCGCGCACGCGCAGACGCUCAAGCUGUGCCUCACCAAGGCCAGCAAGAAGGACGACCUGGGCCUGGUGCUGGGCUGCAAGAUCUACGUGCGCGAGCUGGCGCGCGCCAGCCGAGCAGGGGCGGGCGGCGCGGAGGCGCAGCUGCUGGAGGGCGACGUGCUGCUCAAGAUCAACAACCACAGCACGGACGGCAUGACGCUGAAGGAGGCGCGCAAGCUCAUCGACGCCAGCAAGGACAAGCUGAACCUGGUGGUGCGCCGCGAGGCGCGAGCCGCCCCCGCGCCACCUGGCGCCGGCCCCGCCGCCUGCUUCGACCACGCCGCCCUCGCCAAAGAGUCUCACAGCAGUGGAAACUACCUCGACAGCCUGAGUGGUCCCAACUACUCGUCGCAGAACCUGUACGUGCAGCCCCCCACACGCCACCAUCACCACCACCAGCAGCAGCCACCCCCGGCACCGCCCCAUCAGCCUGGCUCGGUGGAGGACAAGAGCAACCUGCUGCCACGUGGUCGGUCACGGGGACCACUGCUUGACGUCUCGCUCAGCCAGCUGGACAGGCCGGCCACCCCUGUGGGGGCGUCGACAGGGGCGGGGGUGGCCGGAGUCGAAGGCGGUGGCAGCCACGGCCGGAGCCGCAGCGGGAUAGACGAGCCUCCGCCCCCACAGCCGCCACUGCCACACGACCUCCUCGGACCUCCCCGUCCGCCACCUCCACGUCCUGAAGACUAUUACAGCAGUAGACGGCAGUUGUACGAUGAUGAUCCACUGCUGCAGAGAUCGAAACAGCCGAUACCUGAUCCUCGGUUCAUCACAUUCCAAAAGGAGGGUUCUGUUGGCAUUCGACUGACUGGAGGCAAUGAGGUGGGAAUCUUCGUGACAGCAGUCCAGCCUGGGAGCCCCGCCUCUCUCCAAGGUCUGCAGCCUGGUGACAAGAUCCUAAAGGUGAACGACAUGGACAUGAAGGGUAUUACACGGGAAGAGGCCGUUCUGUUCUUGCUAAGCUUGCAGGAUCAGAUAGACCUAAUUGUACAGUACCGCAAAGACGAGUAUGAGCAAAUCGUCGCAAGCCAGCGAGGAGACUCGUUCCAUAUCAAAGCUCACUUUAAUUAUGACCAACCAAAUAAAGGAGAAAUGAGUUUCCGGAAAGGAGAUGUUUUUCACGUGGUUGAUACUCUGCACAAUGGUGUUGUUGGUUCAUGGCAAGUCUUCAGAAUAGGUCGUAACAAUCAGGAAGUACAAAAAGGUAUAAUACCUAAUAAGGCACGGGCUGAAGAGCUUGCUACAGCACAGUUUAACGCUACAAAGAAAGAACUGACCGCAUCAGAGAGCAGAGGUAGUUUCUUCCGGAGGCGUCGAGGCAGUCAUCGUAGGUCUAAGUCUCUUGGAAGAGACCACUGGGAUGAUGUUGUGUUUGCCGAUAGCAUAAGCAAAUUUCCAGCUUAUGAAAGAGUCGUGCUCAGGCAUCCAGGCUUUGUGCGCCCUGUUGUUCUCUUUGGUCCAGUGGCUGAUAUUGCCCGAGAGAAACUACUUAAAGAUUUUCCGGACAAGUUUACAUCACCUCACAUCAUACCACGUACCUAUACUGGCUAUGGGAUCAGUUUAUUGAAAUGUCCUAGAAAAGAGCUGGACAGUAAUCUGGAAGAAAUCCCAAAGAGUCAGAAGUCAUCAGGAAUAAUUCGGUUGAGUGCCAUAAGGGAAAUAAUGGACAGAGGAAAACAUGCACUGUUGGACAUCACGCCUAAUGCAGUUGACAGGCUGAAUUAUGCUCAGUUCUAUCCAAUUGUUGUCUUUCUUAGAGCAGAAUCGAAACAUGUCGUCAAAGAGCUUCGUGCAGGUCUUUCCAAGGCAGCACAUAAAAGCAGUAAAAAGUUGUUUGAACAAUGUCAAAAACUGGAGAAGGUUUGGGGACAUACAUUCACGUGCAGUGUAACUCUGACAAGUCCUGACUCGUGGUACCGGAAAGUUCGAGAACUGAUUGAAAAGCAGCAAAACUCACCUGUAUGGAUGAGUGAGAGCAAGCCCGACGAAGCCCUGUCAGAUGACUUCUUGUUCCCUAUGACAUCUCGCCUAUCCUACGCGUCCUCCCCCGAGUCCGACCUCGACCUUUCCCCAGAGCCUCACACGAGUGGAGUGGUGACUGCAUCUGCUCCUCCUCGCCUCAUCAAGAGCUCGUCGGACCCCAGCAUUGCCACACAGGAGGACACCGGUCCUGGCUACAGUGCUCCUCCUCCUUACUCGGCCAGCAACCCGUACAAACAGGGUUAUGAUAACCACAAUGGGGUCCCUGUCCCACCUGAGCAUCACCACCAUCAUCAUCACGGGCACAAUCUCACGUCAGCUGGUAUCGGCAAACGGAGAUCUCAAGGGGGUGACAGCAAGUACGGUUUCUCCCCUACACACCUGACGACAGCAGCCAGUGAGCCUCCCGUCACUUCCUCCACUGUCGACCUCAACUAUGCCCACCACCACCAUCACCACCACCACCACCACCACCACCAGGCGUCGAGUCCUGCCGGCUACCCUCAGCUCCGGACGAGCGACGGGAGUGGUGGCGGUGCCCUGCCUCGCUCCCCACUGGCCCACUCCCCACCUCUCCCAACCGGUGGGCCGCCCGAACUCCCACCCCGUGUCGAUCGCAGCAACAAGCCCCCUCACACUACUUUAGGCAGGUCUGCUGCCGAAAGACUCUUCGGGAAAACUAGUGACGGAGAACCCGAUUUCGCGUCUCGUAGUGAGCCUCCAAAUUACAUAAAUGCCACCCCACAUCACAGAAUUGCAGGCAGCUCAUCUCUCGAAAGGCAUAAUAUGAAGUCAAGCAGCUACGAUAGUGUGUCCUCAUACGACUCCUACAGUAAUCGUCUGGGUCCUAAUGCACAUGAUGACCUGAAAUGUAGUACAAAUGGUGGCCCUCUGUCGCCAAGGAAUCAUGAUCCAUAUAGAUUCACGAGGUCGACAGCACAACCGAUUAAAGUUAGCAACACAGAACCAAAGCCAAAUAAACCGCCCGACUACAGUAAAUACAGACCCAGUGAUUAUAACAAACCAAUGCCCCCUCCAAAAUCGGCCAAUUACAAGCCCGUGCCACCUCCCAAGCCUAAAAACUACCGCCCUCCCCCUACUGACAAUCAGAACCACUGGACACGCACAGCAGGAGAUGGCAACUAUGAUCAGCACUCGGCUCACAAGAGUGGUGAGGCCGGUCUGUCCUCAUCACCUGUGGGCGUCCUGAGGAAUGACGAUAAUGCAAACAUUCCACCAGUGGUGAAAUCUGGCACUGCCAGCAGCAGUACAUAUCAGCAUUCCAAGUCAUAUUCAACUGCUGGAAGCUUAGAUGGUGCUACCUUCACUCCACACCAGAAUGGAGCUGAAGAAACAAACGGCGGAUUUGAUUCUGGUCAUGGAAGUAGUCUGGACCGGAAUUACAAUCCGUCAGUGCCCAGAACUGCAGCAGGAGCUGGAGGAGGUCAAUAUUACUACAAUGUUCCUCCUUCAAGGACUGCCCCUCCCGACAAUGUCCGUAAUCACAAUCACCACAGUCACCACAAUCGAGAACCGAGUGGGCUAGAUCUUGCCAAUAGAGAACAGAGAGGUUCGGCCUUCGAGCUGUACAAGAAACCGACAGACCCACGUGGGAACACCGUGCAGCAUUACCUUGAUAAUAAUUUAAGGGGUGAGGGGGGUGGCGAGGUGGUGGCCACAGCGAGGGGGGUGUUCUCUCACGAGGGGGGCACCCUGCACAGCCCCGAGACAGGUGUCGCUAUUGUGAUACCACCCGGGGCCCUCCCUUGCGGGGCAAACCAAGAAAUUUACUUCAAGGUCUGCAGGGACAAUUCCGUGUUGCCUCCCUUAGAUGUGGAUAAAGGUGAAGCUUUACUAAGUCCACUAGUAAUGUGUGGGCCUCACGGUCUGAAGUUCCAAGUUCCUGUCGAACUUCGUCUUCCCCACUGGGCAUCAUCUGACCCGUCAGACCCGUGGAGUUUUGCUCUUAAAUCAGGUGAAUCUGGAGAGCAUUCGUGUCAACCCAAAGACUGGCAGAGUGUUGCACUGGACAGCAACAACACUGCAAAACACAUAGGACCCAACAGUGUGUCUGUUCUUGUAGACCAUUUCUAGAAUAUAACAGAGUUACAAAGUGUUUGUUUAGUGACUGAAUGGAUAUUCAAAAAUGAGUUAGAUAGUGACUAUAAUGAUACAAUGACUAUGUUAGAAAAAAUGCACAUGAAAUUCCUUGUUUUGUUCUCACGGGAUACCUACAUGCGACAGUCAGAUUUCAGAAGAAAAAUCCCAGUACUGAGUCAGGCCAUAAAAAGCUAUGCUUCAGUGGGGUCAAUUGCAACACCUCAGUUGUUUACAGUUAUGUCUAUUAUUUUAUGCAAUGUUACCAUUGGGGAUGAGGCUGAAUCCAGCAGGAUUUAUAUAUUGUGCUAGCAAACGCAAGUGCAGAGGAAAGUCUUUCAUUAAUUUUUUGUUAAAUUUUGCCAUUACAUAUCAUGAGAAUCUUUAUAAUUCUUGUAUGUAACUAAACUGCCUCAUCUCCUUUCCAUGUUAUCUCUGUAGUUGAAUUUAAGUGUAUAUAUCCAUAAAUUAUCCUAAUUAAAAAAAGUCAUUGAUUUUUCAUGCCAUAUGCCUUGUUCUGGCACCCAGUCACAAAUAUUAUUUUCCUGUGUAUAAUAAUGAAAAUGUGUAGUUUACCAAAUGUUAGCACAGUGUAUUGAAUAUAAAUAUUGAAAACAAAACCUGAUUUUUCUAUCGAAGUAGCUAAAAUAAAGUCAAAGAAAUAUGUGUAUGUA